UUUCGAAGUAACGACAGUCGCAUUCGAGUCGCGCUGCAAGGUGAACCGGUGUAGCCGCAGUUUACGGUACCUUGAAUGUACAGUGCAUGGGAAUGCACUGAAGAAACAAAGCAGAAUAUUCCAAUGCGUUUAAAUUGCACCUCGUUGGAAAGAACGCGUCCAAGACGUGAAAGUGGGAUUGAUGCGUUUUUGAUGACAUACGUGACGUGAAAGGAUUUUUAUGUUUGGAGGAUGCCAGCGUUAAAAUUAUUUGGACGAAAAUGGCUGGCAGCAACGGACGAUCUUGUUUAUCCAGGACUGUUCGAACUUUUCAUUCGAGUAGUUUGGAUCGUGUUGAUGAGUAUAGCUUUAGCAAGAUACUAUGGAGAGACGUGGAACUGUCGAAUGGGCGGCGAACUCGUUCGAGUAUUCCUUAUUGGCGAAAUCGUUAUUUUGGGAGUAGUGAUAAUCCUAACAUUUGCCAUAGUCAAUCACAGUGCAAGAGGGUCGAUAACCGAUACGUAUGCACGUCGUUUCGUCCAGCCACUCCUGACCGUCAAGAUAUUAUUAGUACUACCGGAAGUCGCGUGGAACAUUCUAGGAAGUCUUUGGGUCCUCAGCAAAGAAAGGGUCGAAUGCAACGAAGAAUCGUAUACGAUAGCCGUAGUCGAAGCUUUGGUACUUUUCGAUUGGGUACUCAUAGGACUUUCCAUCCUGGGUCUGGCAUUAGUCUUCGAUCCACUAGGAUCAUUGGGACUUCACGAGGUCGAGGAUUCCGUGGAGCAUCGUAAAGUCUCGAGGAUCUGGAUGCGACGUUUCAAGUUCCUCUGGUGGAUGCACAAGGACGAAAGCGCAAGCGAAACAUUUCAACAUGUCGCUGGAUUACUCAGUGCACUUUUUCGUGGGACAGACCUGGUUCCAUCAGACGUUAUGGCGGGCUGCGUUCUGUUGAGGGUGCGACAGAAACGUGAAACCCUGGAGCUUCGAAGAUUAAAUAUUCUGAAUAGGCCUCAAUACAGUGACGAUGCAGAAGCUAUAUUCGCUAACACUCCAAGCUGGAUGUCCUUGGAAUGGGCCAAUCAUUAUUUGAAACUCUCUAUAGCUUCGUACGGAUGGCUUUUUGUACUUUACAAACAUGCCUGUACCGGAUGCUUUCGAUUGAUUCGUAGAAUGACCUGCUGCGCCUGCUUCCGGAGGAAAAGGAAUAUUGUGAUUGAUGACAAUUGUUGUUUGUGUAAUCUGGCUGGUGUCAAAUAUUUAUCACAGUUACCAGAGGAGGACAUACUGUAUGCAUCAUUCAGAAAUCAUCUUUGUGAGGUUCCAUUCUGUGUCAUAGCCGAUCACAAGACAUCCAGUAUAGUUAUUGUUAUAAGAGGAUCAAUAUCACUCCGUGAUCUAAUAACUGAUAUCGCAGCAGCUUCGGAUUCCUUUGAGGUUGAAGGUUUACCACCGGGCAGCAUGGCGCACAGAGGCAUGAUAAUCGGUGCAAAGGUCCUUCUGAAGCAAUUGGAUCAAUCGAACAUUUUGGAAACAGCUUUUGAAAUGUAUCCACACUACAAUUUAACGUUGACAGGUCACAGCUUGGGUGCAGGACUGUCCGUACUAUUAGGUCUAAUGAUCAGACCACGUUACCCAAAUUUGAAAGUGUAUGCAUUUGCCACGCCAGCAGGACUGCUGAGUCGAGAGGCUGCAAGAGUUACAGAAGAAUUUGUGCUGACUAUUGGACUGGGUGAUGAUCUUGUAAUGAGACUAGGUGUGGACAGCACUGAAAAUUUUCGAACGUCCUUAUUAAUAGCUUUGCAAGCCUGUCGCUUGCCCAAGUACAGAGUCGUACUGAAUGGAUUGGGUUAUAUGCUGUUUGGUGUCCCUGAGAGAGACCUGGAUAGGACAUGGAGGAAUGGUAACACGAUUAAUUCGAUUCCCGGACAAUUGCCACUGCUCACAGAGUCAUCGCCAGCGCGACAAACAGAAACAAUGAUAUUCGAAAAGGACGUGACACGCAGACGAUACUCCAAAGUGAGACUGUAUACAGCUGGUCGAAUUCUUCAUAUCGUCAGGUGCAAACCGGUGGAGAAAGAAAAGAGAAAACAAACCGCCAAGGAACGCCAAUAUCAGAUGCGUUGGGCCGAAGCUGAAGAUUUUAUGGAACUUUCGGUAAUGCCACGAAUGCUACUGGAUCAUUUACCAGAAAAUGUCGAAAAAGCGUUGGCGACACUGCUUCGUCAGCAGGAGAACUUACCGGUUUACCUGGACGCGUAAACAGGAUUUCAGAUAUAUUGGAGAAGAAGGGGACGAGAGGAGAAAUCAGUGCUUCUGACCUUUGACCCUAUAAAGUGCACACAAAAUUAUGGGGAAACUUGUCCGCGUUUGUGAGAACAAUUUUAUUCACGAUUAUCGUUAUUUCAUCUCUUUUUCUCUAGAGGACAAAACGCGCCUGUACGAUGUUUAUAAUGUUAGGCUCAUUACAAUUUUUAUACAUCCUAUUUAUAAACAUUAAACUUUUCGAAAUGAUCGUAAAGCAUGCACAAUAUAUUUUAUCAUCGCACCCAUUACCCAAAAACCGAUAAAAAAAGAAUUAGAUGUAACUUAAAAAAAUAAAUUACUCGAUCAUGUCACAAGUUGGAAGGAAGAAACGUGAACGAAAUUCAUACUAAUUUUGAGAAAUUUGUUGUUUUCGUUCAUUUCAUUUUCAGGUGCAUGACAACCCACAUAAGCACGAUGAUUUACAAAAAUGCAUAUGGUACACCGCAGAUUUUGAAAAACGAUCAAAUUUCUUUGAAAAUUAUAAGCGGUCAAAAUCAGAGUUGCUAAUCAUCUACCGCGUUGUGAUUUAUUUUAGUUCAGAAAAUAAUUUAAAAAAUGUUGAUUUACUAUAAAAUAAAAUGAACAGAAAGUUUAUACAAAAAAUAGAGUAUUUUAAUUAAUUAUCGUGAAAGUAAAAAGCGUUCAAAAAAAGGGCUUCACCCUUUUUAGUAAAAACCUGUGGUGGUGCCAGCUCAAAGAAAUGUUUCAGAAAUAUGCAACGGCCAGACUCGUCCCCUUAUCCAAAAACGAACCCCAACCCGCUUUGGUCACCACUGACAAGUACCUUCCCACAUCGAAGUUAAGGUGAUUUAACACUUGGAAUCUAUUCUAGGAUUCAAGAGCUCCAAGAUAUACGGCAGUCAAAUUUGGUCAAAACUCGUGGCGGUCCUAGCUCAAAAAAAAACUGAAACCGCCAUAACAUAAACGAUAAAAAAACUAAAAUAAACAAAGCAUAGAUUUUUUUAUGAUAUUCCACUGUGGCGGUUUCAGCUUUAUUGACGUAUUUUACAGUCCUUUUGUAUAUGUAGAUGUACCCUAGACAUUUUUCAUAAACAAUCAUAGCAUGAUUCGAAUACGAAGCAUAUGUGCAUUAUCGAUCUUUCAUUAUCGAAAAAACUUCUUUUUUAUCACGCUAUGAGAUAAACUUAAACAAUAUAUACGGUAAAUUUGGAUGGGGCAUAAAUGAGAUAAUAUUUAUCAUUUAUAAGCACAAUGAUUGAAGCAUUACAUGUAAUGAACAUUGAUGAUUGUUGUCAAAUUUUCUUGCCACCAUUUAAUUUAGCAAGUUUCACUAUCAGAUGAGCACUCAUAAGACACGCAACCUUGCCGAACGUUGUGACAUCCAUAAAAGUUGAUCUAGAGAGUCUUUUGGAUUUCCGUAAAUAAAAAAAUUCAAAAUCGGACGAAUA